UGCUCCUCCUAUGCGCUCGCGCCAAUUCCCCUCCGUGAACUGGCCGCGAGCCUUUUGGGUUAGAGGCCGCCAAGCCGCCCCCCCCCCACACACACACAAAAAGAAGAAAAAGCAGCCCGUGACGGGAGACAGGGUAUGCCCUUCCCUCGACCAUCCCAUCUGAAUCCACUAUCAAAUGCUGUGAAAAACUGGCAAAGAGUAACACUUAAUCAAUGGCUGCAUCAAGACAAGCAGCUAUGUUCCGCCUACCACCUCUUCCAACAAUUGGAGAAAUUAUUAAACUGUUUAAACUCAGAGCUGAAAAGCAGCUGUCCCAGAACUUUCUUCUGGAUCUGAGACUUACAGAUAAGAUAGUGAGAAAAGCUGGCAGUCUGAAAGAUGCACAUGUGUGUGAGGUAGGCCCUGGGCCAGGAGGAAUCACAAGAUCUAUUUUGAAUGCUGGUGUUGCAGAAGUCCUGUUAAUUGAGAAAGAUCAACGUUUUAUUCCAGGGCUUCAGAUGUUGUCUGAUGCAGCUCCAGGAAAAGUUCGUAUUGUUCAUGGAGACAUUUUAACGUAUAAUAAAUUAGGCAAAGCUUUUCCAGAACAGCUUAUGAAGAACUGGGAAGAUGAUCCACCAGACAUACAUAUUAUAGGAAAUCUACCUUUUAGUGUUUCAACCCCUCUAAUAAUCAAGUGGCUUGAAAAUAUAUCAAAGAGAGAUGGACCUUUUAGAUAUGGUAGAACACAGAUGACAUUGACCUUUCAGAAGGAAGUUGGGGAGAGAUUGACAGCUAGUACAGGAGCCAGGCAGCGAAGCAGACUUUCCAUUAUGUCUCAGUACUUGUGCACUGUUCACAACUGUUUCACAAUUCCAGGUCGAGCUUUUGUUCCAAAGCCAGAGGUGGAUGUGACUGUUGUUCAUUUUACCCCAUUGGUGCAACCAAAAAUAGAACAGCCAUUUAAGCUGGUGGAGAAAGUUGUCCGAACUGUGUUUCAGUUCAGAAGGAAAUAUUGCCAUCAAAGUGUACGGGUAUUAUUUCCAGAAGCUGAACGUUUAGAAAAAGCAGAACAGCUACUCAAGCUGGCAGAUGUUGAUCCAACUCUGCGGCCGACUCAGCUUUCCAUGUUUCACUUCAAAAGCCUUUGUGAUGUCUAUAGAAAAAUGUGUGAUGAAGACCCAAAACUUUUUACAUAUAACUAUAGGGAUGAAUUGACUGAGAAGCGAAACAGGAAGAGGAGCAGAUUUUGCAAGACUAACGAUGAUGUGAUCUAGCUCAUUCUAGAAAAUUGACCAGCCGCGAUGUGUUUCUGUUGAGUGGAAUGAAAUACAUUCUAAGUUGGAAUGUUAAGUCAGUAUGUGAAAUUCAUUGAAGAGAGAACAGGAUACAAAACAAAGCACACCAAUUGCAUUUAGCAUUUUACUGUACAAGAUUGUAGAGAAAAAUGAAAAAUACAAUAAAAUAAAAUAAGAUUACAGUACAGGCUUUUUAUAUUUACAUAUAUAUAAAAAUCAAGUAUAAACAACUUAGUGCAACUCAGUGCAGGACUUUUUCUAAGAUGAAUUUAAAAAUAAUUUUUGCUUUAAAUGCCCCAAAUUAAAGUUGCUUGAACUUUCUCAAAAGAACAUAGGUAUUGACAAGAGUUCAUUCCCUUUUUCAAAAAUUUAAAAACAUCUCUUAAUCUUAUUUAAAUGAGAUUACACUGCCCUGAAUCGUAAACAGCUCAAUCUAAAUUUCUGUUCCACAAUAAAUUAAAAUAACUUAAGCCUUUACAACUACUUCUGUGGAAAACACAGUAGUGCAUUAAAUCGAAUAGUUUCUCAAGUUACAAUUAUCACCUUUUUUAAAGUAUGUAAAUCUGUAUGUGGUGAUGCUGGAAUCAGGCAGCUAAGACUUUCCAUGCCUGUCUACUGUUUCAUAAAAGCAGUCCUCAUUAACCACUGAAGUUAAACUUUGUACACUAAAUUCUCUUUCUAAAAUAGAAUUCAGGUCAAAACUUGCAGCAUCUGGAUGGCUGUCAAGAGACUGGUGCCGUUCUUGCAUUGCCAGUAAUGUUCCUUUGUCGCGUCUUGUGCUGCUGUUCACUUUCCGUUUAAUAGGGCAAAAGUGCGCCCUGACUAGUUUAGGGUGAUCACCCACCCUCCGCCCUUCUCCAUACUCACUCUCAGAAGAAUACUUAUCCUCUGUAUCAUCACUAGGAUUCUCGGAAAUCUUCAGCCGCUGGAACUGGAUUUCUAUGUCUUUUGUGGGACUGGCUUUUUUUAGAAUCUGCUGGUAGUCUUCCUCAUCGUCACUUAAAAUGUCAGAUUCUUUGACAGGACUGUUUGAAAAAUCUGAUGCACAGUUCUGGAGAUGUUUCACGGGAGACAAAUUUUUAGAUUCCAGGAUGCUAUCGGUAGUAUGGCAACUGCUACUUGGAGUACUGCUACUCAGGCUGCAUUCAUCAGAAUCCAAUUCAUUUACUUUGCCUGCUUCGGUGUUCCAUUCAUUACUGGGAGAGUUCUUCAUUAACUUUAAUGAUCUUGAGGAAGCUGCCAGGGUAAAAACACAUGCUAAAUUCCUAUACUCAACAACUCUGGCAAGCAUAACAAUAAGAGUUAUAUAGUUUUACAAUUAAGUAUAUUAAGGUUAAGAUGCUAUGAUGCUAAACUGAAUCAACCUGACAUUUUAAACUACUUUCAUUAUAUCACAGGAGAGAUAUUUUAAGUUGUGAAGUGUGACUUUCUUCAAACAAACAAAAACCCUGGACUUAGAUUGGCUCUGUGGGCUCCUGGAUAAAUCAGCCAAACUCCAUGUGGACUGACUGUGUAAAAAUGACAACAUUAAGAUGCCUCCUAGUAGCACUAGGAAGGAACAGGGUUUAGUGCUUCCUGCUUAGUCACUGUGGAAGCCUGUCAAUAAACUAGACCAGGCACGUCCAACAGGUAGAUCGUGAUCUACUGGUAGAUCACUGGACAUCUGUGGUAGAUCACUGGGGGCCCCCAAGAAGCUCAACAAGUUUGGCUUCCCCUAAAAAAGCUCAAAUUUUUUGCCCUGGACCCCUAAAAAACAUGGCUUUCCGCUCCCUCCCUAUAAAAAGUUCAACCAAUUUCAACUUGAACCGCCCCAAGAAUGGGCCUUCCUAAAAAAAAAGCUCAUCAACUUUGACCUGAACCCCCAAAAAGGGUGUAGAUCACUGCCAAUUUUUAACUAUGUGAGUAGAUCAUUAUCUCUUGGAAGUUGGCCACCCCUGAACUAGACUAACACUAUUCCCCCCCCAAAAAAACCCUACAAAGACAAGUUUGUAAGGUUCAAGUACUGAGCAAGUAUAUUUGCAUGAAGCUGGAGAUGAUGCUGAAGUGAGCAAGUUAUAGCCACUGCUUAUGCAUUAUGUUGAAGAUACGGAACUGCUCAUUUCUGUGCUACGCUUCAACCUUAACUGCUCUGAGGAUAAGCCUCUAUGGUAGUUUCAGCUCUUCAGUCACAAGCUAAGUAAGUUAAUGAGAAAGUAAUUUCAAGCAAUCAGUGUAGAGGAAAUACUUCUAUUUUGGAGGUGGCUCAGACUUUUUGUGUGGAAGAAUAUCCUGCUUUGUUAAUCACUAGUCUCAGUUUUUUUGUAAAUUGAUGUGUAUUAUUAUGAUUAAAUAAAUAAACCAAAAUAAUUUUUUCCUCCCCA